AUGGUUAAACGCGCAGUCUCUCCCGCGGCCUCUGAGCCCGAGAUGGACAUUUUCGUGUCCAUUUACCCAGGAGAUGAGACCGACGGCAAGCAAGCUGGCCCUGUGGGCAACGACGCCGAUUUCGAUUUCGACGGUCUGAUCAACGGGCACAAUCAAGGCGACGAGGAUGAUGAUGAAGCAUUCAUCGCACUGAAGCAGGCUGCUUCCUUUAGAAAAUCCACAAAUCUCAAGGGCCGCACCGUAAAAAAGGGUGGUGGCUUCCAAGCCAUGGGAUUGAACGCCAAUCUACUCAAAGCCAUCACUCGAAAAGGCUUCUCGGUUCCGACGCCUAUCCAACGAAAAACGAUCCCCUUGGUCCUCGACAGAAAAGAUGUUGUUGGCAUGGCGAGAACCGGUUCUGGAAAGACGGCCGCCUUUGUCAUACCCAUGAUUGAGCGCCUGCGCGCGCACAGCGCAAAGUUUGGAUCGCGCGCCCUUAUUAUGUCGCCUUCGCGUGAACUGGCUAUCCAGACUCUGAAGGUCGUCAAGGAACUGUCGAAAGGCACGGACUUGACGGCCGUGCUGCUCGUGGGUGGUGACAGCCUGGAGGAGCAGUUUGGCUUCAUGGCGGCGAAUCCCGAUAUUGUCAUUGCCACGCCGGGUCGAUUCUUGCAUUUGAAAGUAGAGAUGAAUCUCGAUCUAUCCUCCAUCAAAUACGUUGUCUUUGACGAAGCUGAUCGUCUCUUCGAAAUGGGUUUCGCCGCCCAGCUCACCGAAAUCCUUCACGCCCUACCCCUCUCAAGACAAACACUUCUCUUCUCCGCUACGCUUCCCACAUCUCUCGUCGAGUUUGCUCGAGCCGGUCUCCAAGACCCGAGCCUGGUACGUCUUGAUGCCGACACCAAGGUGUCGCCAGAUUUAGAAAGCGCAUACUUCAGCAUCAAGGGAGACGAAAAGGAGGGCUCGCUACUUCACAUUCUACACGAUGUCAUCAAGGUACCGGUCGGCAAGCCGGAAGGAGCCGAUGUCUCUGAAAAGGACAACGGCUCAAAGAAGCGCAAGAGAGGGCCUGACGGCCCUGUGCGACCUACCGAACACUCUACAAUUGUUUUCACUGCAACAAAACAUCACGUCGAAUAUAUCGCCAAUCUGCUGGAAUGGGCUGGUUUUGCCGUCUCCCAUGUCUAUGGCUCGCUUGAUCAAACAGCAAGACGAAUUCAAGUCGAAAACUUUCGCCAUGGCAAAACCAACAUUCUGGUAGUCACCGAUGUUGCUGCCAGAGGUAUCGAUAUACCUGUCCUGGCCAACGUCAUCAACUACGAUUUUCCUUCACAACCCAAAAUCUUUGUUCACCGUGUUGGUCGUACUGCUCGUGCAGGCCAACGUGGUUGGAGUUAUAGCUUGGUUCGUGAUACAGAUGCACCUUACCUACUUGACCUGCAACUGUUCCUCGGGAAGCAACUUGUAAUUGGACAGGAAAAGGAGAAGCCAUCAUAUGCGGAUGACGUGGUUGUCGGCUCCUUGGUAAGAAAUACGCUUGAAGAGCAUGUCGAAUGGUUCAACAAAGUAAUACACGACAACGACGACAUCAGCGCUCUCCAAAAGGUCUCUAUCAAGGCAGAGAAGCUGUACUUAAAGACGAGAAACUCGGCCUCUAGCCAAAGUGCCAAGAGAGCACGUGAGGUUGUGGCCUCUGCUCCAUGGGUUCAAUUACAUCCUCUAUUCGGCAAAGACGUGGCUCGGGACGAGAAGGCGCGAGCGGAGAUGAUGGCCAAGAUUAGCGGCUUCAGACCCAAUGAAACCAUUUUCGAGAUUGGUCGCAGUGACAAGGCUUCCAACGAAGCCGCAGACGUUAUGAAGCAACUACGCAAAAGGAUCACCCCCCGCAGGAGACAAAAAGCCGAAGCCGAGGAACACUCUGACGACGAAGAGAUUGCUGGGCCUACAGCGGAUGACUUGGAUGAAGACAUGGGCGAUGACACGGGCCUUGGCGCCGUGGAAGACGACUCUGACGACGACGGUUUAGAAGUCACCGUCUCCAACGCCGGCAAGUCCAAGAAGGACAAGGACGACUGGCGCGACGCCGACGUCUUCAUGUCCUACACGCCGCGUACGACCAACGCCGCCGAGGAACGCGGCUACGGCGUCCACUCGGGCGGCGCCGGGUCCAGCUUCGUCGAGGCCGCCCGCGACGUGGCCAUGGACCUCGGCAACGACGAGUCGGCCAACAAGUCGUUCGGCGAGGCCAACAAGCAGCGACUGCGCUGGGACAAGAAGGCCAAGAAGUACGUCGCGCGGCAGAACGACGAGGACGGCUCCAAGGGCGCGCGCCUCGUCACCGGCGAGAGCGGCGUCAAGAUCGCCGCCUCCUUCCAGAGCGGCCGCUACGACAAGUGGCGCAAGGCGCACCGCGUCGGCCGCGCCCAGCGCGUCGGCGAGGACGAGCGGCCCGGCACGGCCGCGCAGCUGCCCCGCGGCGGCGCCCGCUACAAGCACAAGCAGGAGCAGGCGCCCAAGGCGGCAGACAAGUACAGGGACGACUACGAGGUCCGCAAGCGCCGCGUCGACGAGGCCCGCGAGAAGCGCGUCGGCCGCUUCCGCGACGGCGCGGGCAGCAAGAGGGAGAUCAAGGGGGUUCACGACGUCCGCAAGGCCCGCGAGGAGAAGCAGAAGCGCAAGGAGAAGAACGCCCGGCCGAUGCGGAAGCGGUCCUAG